AUGGCAACGGCAGCUUUGGGCGAGAGCGGUUUCCAAGGCCGUGGCCGAAGCCCUCCUCGAGCACCUGGGAAAGACGUUCCGGGCAAUCUCCCGAGACCGUGCGGCCUUAGCGAUGCGAUUUUUGAGGACGGAAGUGGACGAUGCGAUGGGAGCAAAAGCCCGUUAUACCUGAGCAUCAACAGCAACUUUGUGCUUCCAACUGCUGACGACUUAGCCGGCUUCGCCAGCGCGAGAAGCCCUGGACGGCGACAUUCCUGGGUCUCAAACGGACAGUUCGCCCAGGCAACCCUGGCCUGCCUGGACUCCGAUCGGGAGGGGCCUUUUUCCAGCGGCGAUGGCGAGUCCAGCUUUGGUCUCCCGGCCGUGGUCUCACCUCGGAGCUCUUUGGGCCCGGGUGCUCGGACCCGGGCGCAGAGCCCGAACCCCCGUGGCUCGCGGCACGGCUCGGAGACCCUCUCGGAGAUCGAGCCGCGCAUGGCGCGGCGCGGAUCCUCCGAGCCAAGGCCGGGAGAGCCGCCAGAUGGUUGUCAAGCUCGGGUACACGAUGUUUGCACGGCGGCCGCUGCUGCCACCGUGGCUGCCAAGUCUGUUGCUGCAGCCGUUGAGAGGACGGACUACGACAACAAAUGGCAAUUUGCAGAGCCCAGUUUCUUUUCCUGGCUUUGUGAUGAGCUGAACAGUCGUCCCGAUGAGGAGCAGCUGCCUUAUGUCCCUCGCAAUCAUCUGCUGGAGGUGGCGAAGGUACCGAGACAAUUGGAGAAGCUGCUGCUGCUUGGGUUCCUGCUGUGUCUGGAUAUCUUGUUGCAUGAGUUGAGCUUCACUCCGCUACAGGCGGUCCGCUCGUGCACGCAGCUGAUGCUCGGAUUGCGGCAGUGGGGCUGCUGGGACCAUCGGGGAGGCAUUCAGGAUCGUCCGCCAGCUGCUUUGCUAAACCAUGGCUCCAAAAAUGUGAUGCUGAACAUCACAGAACAAGGUGAUUGUAUCCGCUUUUCUCUGUUGAUCUUGAAUGUUACAUUGAUGCUGCUGCUGUUCGAUGUCGCAUGGAUGUAUCACUACAUAGAAGGAGAAUCUUUCCUGAAACUGUAUGUGCUGUUCAACAUGUUGGAGAUGUUUGAACGUUGGUGCCGAUCUGUCGGAGUGGACUUGUUCGAUCUGCUUCUGGCAUCCAUUCGGCAUCCGUGGUACUCGUUACUUUCCAAGUAUGGUGCGACUCUGCUUUACUGUUUCGUUCAUGCCACCAUCCAUCUGGUUCGAGUUAUCCUUCUGAAUGUGGCGAUCAAUACCUCAAGCAAUGCGGUGUAUCUUAUCAUUGUCACGAACAACUUUGCAGAGAUCAAAUCUACCGUGUUCAAGCGCUAUGAAGAGAAAAGCCUGUUUCCAAUAAUUGCGAGUGAUAUCGUGGAACGCUUCUAUGUGAUGCUGGACAUCAUCUUUGUGAUAGCCAGAUUGAGUGUUUCCGAACCUUCGGGGAAGUUCACAGCAGUUGACAUCUCGUUCUGGUUGUUGCUACUUGUUGUGCUCGAGAUCGGUACCGACUGGAUCAAGUUCUGCUUGAUCACGAAGUUCAGCGAGAUGCAGGCUAAGACCUUCGAGGUGUACUGGGAAGUGCUGCUUGCGGAUAUCUUGCUCUGCCGAUGCGGCAAGCUGGGCAACAGCCAGGUCGUUGGAAGUGGGGAAGAUCUGCUACUCAAGGUGGGCAGAGACACCGUCAUCAACCAUGCUACAGUGAACUGA